AUGGACCCCCUCGUGUACAAGAAGAACACUAUCCCCCAGCGCCAGCGCAUCUACCAGGCUGACCCGCGCCCUGUGUACCAGCGUCUUCCGGGCUCGAAGCUGUACUUCGGUAUCUUCCAGGUGUUUUUCUGGACUGGUAUCGCCGGUAUCUCGGUGGGUACUUACAACAUGAUCAUGGGCAAGAAGCAGUAA